CAGAGCUGGCGGGACCUCUCUUUCCCGACGCUGCGGAAGCGCCAUCGUGUCGUUGACAGACGGAGAGAGAGAGAGAGGGAAAAAAAAAGAAAAGGAGGCCGGUUGGAAUUGGACUUUUGGUUCUUCAUUGCUUCAGCAAACUUCAUCUGCAUUUGGAAAAGAGAAUGCUACAAAUUUGAGGAGAAAGCAAAAGAAGUCUAUAGAGUUGAUUUUAACGAACCUGUCCGAGAGGUUUCACCUGAAAAGAAACUCCUUUUGACGGCUCUACUGUCCCUAGAUCAGGAAGCAGUUAUCUGAGCAGGUGAUGGCCUGCAUGAUCCAUUUAGGGUCAAUUUAAAAAUGAGCAUAUUUCAUACCACAAAAUUGUCACUUUCCAUCUGUUUCCUUUUGGAGCAAGUAAUCACCUAAAGUCAUAAACCUAAGGACAAUAACUUCAAAAGGAUCAAGAUUUGAGUAAUUCAAAAAGUAACUUUUUCUAUUGAUAGAGCUCAGCAUGGCUGUGGUCAUCCGUUUGCAGGGGCUCCCAGCUUCUGCAGGAACCUUGGAUAUUCGUCACUACUUCUCUAGAUUAACCAUUCCUGAUGGAGGGGUGCAUAUAAUUGGUGGUGAACUGGGAGAGGCAUUUAUUGUAUUUGCUACAGAUGAAGAUGCACGACUUGCUUUGAUGAGAUCAGGUGAAUUUCUUAAAGGAAGCAGAACAAAGCUAACACUAAGUAGCAGAAAUGAAAUGCAGAGUACAAUUGAGAUGAGUCGUAAGAGAUACGCACGCUCCAGUGGAGAAGCAUCCAGCUAUAGAAGGUCGGGAUUCAGCAGCCCUGGCACAGGUGGGUUAGGUAGCAUGUCUUCUACACUAGCUGAAAACUUAGUUGCAGCUAUGCAACAUGGAAUUAAUAGGGAUGCAUUUCAUCCAAGUGAAGUUGGAAAUUCUGAUAUGAACAACUAUGGCUCUCGCAUGGAUCCCAUGAUGAGUGGUAAUAUGUCCACAGUGGCUCUAUCUUCUCCACAGGACAUUCCUGUUACUCCUGCUUCCUCCAUGUCUGCAUUAUUUGGAAUGGCUUCUAGAAGAAUGAGUGAUAGUUUGGAUAAAUUUAAUGGCUCCGGGGCAAUGGAUUCCUUUGACAAUUCAGUUUACAAUCAAAGGAGAGAACAAGGAGCUUUUAAUCCUGAUGAUGUUUACUUGCGUUUGCAUGGCAUGCCAUAUUCUGCAAGAGAGCUGCAAGUAAGAGAAUUUUUCCAUGGCUUACAAGUUGAAGCAGUUCAUCUAAAAAAGGAUUAUCGGGGUCUGAAUAAUGGAGAGGGUUUUGUACGGUUCGCCAGUCCUUGGGAUGCUGCUGAAGGACUGAAACGUCACAAAAAAUACAUGGGGCAGAGAUUUGUAGAGGUGUAUCGAGCCACCGAGCUUGAGUGGAUUUCUGGGGGAACCGACUUGUUUAUAGACGAUAGGCAUUCAGAUCUAAAUCGAGAUAAUAGAGGUCGUUCCCCUCCUCAUGAAGAGAAAUAUUUCCAUUCCCGAACUCGAUCAAGAUCACCUCGAAGGCGCAGGUCACGAUCUCACUCACCUCAUGAUCAAGAUUAUUGGGUGCAGAUGAAAAAUAUGCCCUAUGGCAUCUCAAAAAAAGAUGUACGAAAUUUCUUUGAUGAACUGAACGUGACAGAUGACCAGAUUUACCUUGUAUAUGACAUCCAUGGUAAAAGUACUAAGGAGGGUUUUGUGAAGUUUAAAAAUGCUGCUGAACAUCGCAAAGCUCUAAGGUACCAUAAGACAUGUAUUGCAAACCGUGCAGUUUAUCUAUAUCCUAUUGCUAAAAAAGCAAUGUUGGAGUUGAUGGACACUGCUAAGAAGCAAAGAUCAAGAGAAAAAUCUACCUAUAGAAUUGAAGAGAAAAGAUACCAGUCCAGAGAAGGAGCACACUCCUCAUCAAGAUUGUACAUUUAUGUUCGUAACCUUCCGUUUGAUAUCUCCAAAUCUGAGAUCUAUAAAUUCUUUGAAGGAUUUGGUGUGGCUGACCAUGGGAUCCAAAUACUUGUUGAUAGUAAUGGCAUUGGACUAGGGGAGGCUCUGGUCAAGUUCAAGUCUGAAGAUGAAGUACUAAGGGCUGAGCGCUUAUAUGGUAAAAGGCUUGGAGGAAGAGAAGUUGUACUAAAGCUGGUUACUUCAGAAGAGGUGCUUGAACUUGGUGUCGGUUCUGUGCAUGAAAGAACCAAAGGUCAAAAGGAGAGCGAUUACUUCGGUUCAUAUGGUAGGGGUAGUGAUCACUCAUUAUCUCUUGAUAUGCAUGAAUUAGCUAAGCAUUUCUUUGAACCUUCUGGUAAUUUGGGUUCUGUAUCAUCCAUGCAAGGACAAAGGUAUGGCCAAGAAGCAGGACUUUAUGGAGGGUAUAACACUGGAAGCAGCAAUUUUGGGGGCUACAGUGGAGGAGGAUAUGGAUCUCGAUUUGAUUCAGGCUACCAAGGUCAAAUGGGAAUGUCCAAUGGUAUGGCUGUUGUGAAGGCUUUCAACCUGCCCUUCAAAAUCUCAGUUGAUGAAAUACUGGAUUUCUUCUAUGGCUAUCGUGUUAUUCCGGAGUCCGUCACUGUACGGUACAAUGAGAAGGGAUUACCUGCAGGCGAUGCAGUAAUUACAUUUGAAACGGUUGAUGAAGCAAUGGCUGCUGUUCGUGAACUGAAUGAGAAACCAAUUGGAAAAAGGAAUGUCAAACUAAGCUUGCUAUAAGUACAGUGGAACCUGCAUUUUAGUUUUUAACAAAUGAAUAUUGGGUUCUCUGAAGUAAAAGACAGCUGCUGUCUGACCACUGGUUCCACUGAACUGAAUAAAUAACUUAAUUGAGUUGUCGUCACUUGUGACUUUUCAGGCAAACAUGAUUCCUGUUGAAAUUUGUUUUUUGUUUUGUGUUUCCAGAAAAUAGUUGUCUCUAGUUUACUGCUUUGGGAUAUAAUAUUUUGUCUUGACUUGAUCGAUUAUAGUUUGCAAGACUACAUUGUAACUUUGUUCAGUUUCUUGAUUUUGAUAGGGUUUGAAAGUUAAAUGCUGUCGCCAUCUAGAUGAUUGAAAGUAAACUUGAAUUAGUUGAACUUCAGCAUGGAGAAGUUCUGCAUAAUAUUUUUUCACUGUAAAAGGAUGAUUGAGUGAAACCUUUUAAACGGCUCAAUAUCCUGUAUAAUAUUGUGUAACUUUUUUAACCAUGAUUUUUUUUUUCCAUUUUACCCCAGUUUCUAAUUAAGGCAAGUUAAUGGUGUUGAGAUAGAUUUAAUCUGACCAAACAUUGUUCUGAACAUAAUGAUGUGCACAAUGGAAGUGUACACAUAUGUUUCUAAUAAGCAAAAUAGGCUUGGAAGUGUAGCAUUGUUUCAGUAAGCAAAACCCAGCCCAAUUCAGUAGGUAGAAGAAACAUUAGACCACAGGGAAACCAAGUGACCUAAUAGCAUUUCAAAAAUUGAAGUUUUAUUUACCUAAUACGCAAAUGUCCAUUUGAAAGAACAUUUUCUUAAAAUGACAAUACAGGUUUCUGAAUAAGACACAACUUAUUGAUGCUUAAAAUUGAGUGGAAUUUUGUUCUUUCUCUUCGAAUGUGGAUAUUCAUGUUUCAGAAGGAUAAGGAAAAACAUGUUGCAACAUAUUCCAUUUGUUAAAAACAUAGGAAGUUAUUUACAAAACACCUGAUUUAAGGUUUUUUGGAGUAAGACGGUCCAGUUUCAUACCUAAAUAUUUGAAUGCAUGUGUGAUCCAAAUCAUUCUCUCUCAAUGUACCAGAUUUGUCCAGUUCAAUCCUUGUCAAGAAUGAUACUAAAAAUUUGAUUUUUUACAUUUGUAGGCCUGUUGACUUUUAAUUAACUCUUAAAUAUUUUCUGCAUUUGUGUUUACUGGAAAACCACAUUGUGUGUUGUUUGAUGGUUAAGACGUUGUUACGCAGUAAGCAUUUUUCUUUGUAAUAGAAAAUGGUUUGUCAUGUAUGAGAAUGUACUUAAAAGCCAUUUUAAAAAUUGUGAAGAUAUCACUAAA